CACCUUUGCUUUAUUUCUAUUAUUGUAGGCAUCAGAACAAGAGACAGUUAGUAGAGACGAAACUACCAGCCGAGAUAACGAAGGUUUAAUGACGAGUGAUCAGAAUAUUUAUUUAAACGCAUCCACCAUAGCAUACGAUGAAAGUAGCAGAAUGCCAAAUGAUACCCCAUAUUCCUCUGUAUCACACAGAAAUACAUAUUUGCCCAGUUCUACUCAAGAAGUGUCGACAAAAAUAAGACAGCUAGGAUCAUCCACAAGCCAGACUACAGCUAACGGUUCAUCAGAAAUAACACCAGUUGUUUACAGUGUUCCAGUAGCGUUGGCUGUUAUCCUCGUUGUCGUUUGUUUCUUAUAUUGCAGGAAGAAACUUCAGAAAAAACGAACUCUGGAUGCUGUAUCAACAGCUGAAAGCAAGCAAUUAUCGGCACAGCUUGUUGCCAACACUGAACUUUAUGAAAUGGCAGACAAUUCAAAAUUAGAUACCCUCCAUUCUGACUCGGUUACACUGGACACAGUCCACAUACCAAAAUCAGAGGGGGAUAUCACAGAUGACAAGAGUGGGGUGUAUAAAAAAGCCAGCGGUAUAAAUGUAUCGGAAUCAACAGACGUAUAUAAUCAUCUCUGGGAGAAAGAUGUCAUAACUGAACGAAAAGAAGACAUUUACGAUCGUUCAGAGGGAAUAUGUGAUAAAGAAAAUCCCUUAUACGACGUUACAACAACUAAGGCAGAUCACAACGUCUCGCCGGACCCGACAUACGACCACGCAGUCCACUUAGAUAACCUGCCAGGGAAGGUAACAAGUGAGGUCCUUAAUGCCUGAGAUGUGCGAAACUUUAAAGUAUGCAAGAAUGAUUACAUACAAUGUGUAGUGUUUUGUAUUCGUCUUCACAUGCAUUGGUAAAUAAUAGGGUAAUUUAGCAUAAAGUCUAGUUCUUUCUUCAAACUUUUUUU